AUGUUCAACGACAUUAUUAGGAAGCCUUGCGCCGAAGUGAUUCCUGUCCCAGUCUUUUCGGACAACUACGCCUAUCUUCUGGUUGAGCACGGCACGAAGAAUGCAUUCUGCGUGGAUCCCGCAGAGCCGCGUACUGUGCUUCAGGCGGCCAGCGAGCGCCAAUUGACGCUGACCGCUGCGCUUUGCACGCACAAGCACUACGACCACAGCGGCGGCAACACGGAAAUACAGCGUUUGGUUCCGGGUAUAACUGUGUAUGGCUCGUCUUAUGAAUCAGUGCCUGGCGUGACCCACGGUCUGAUGGACGGCGAAGUGAUCCGCUUUGGUUCUCUCGAGGUGAAGGGUAUACGUGCCGCCUGCCACACGGUGGGCCACAUGAUGUACUUCGUCUCCAACCCUUCCGAUCCUUCUACUCAGCCUAUCAUGUUCACGGGCGACACGGUAUUCAUUGCCGGUUGCGGCCGGUUUUUCGAGGGAUCGGCUGCGAACAUGCUAGACAUAAUGAAUAAGCUGCGCACGUACCCCAAGGAGACAUUGAUCUUCUGCGGCCACGAAUACACGGUGAAGAACCUGCAAUUUGCGAAAACUGUGGAAGCAUCUCCUGCGGUGCUGAAGAAGUUGGAGUGGGCUGAACGUGUCAGGGCUCAGGGUCUGCCUACCGUCCCCUCAACUUUGGGCGAGGAACUGGAGUACAACCCAUUUAUGCGUUCGGCCGAAUUAAUGAGUGUCGUCGGGGAGUCGACUGAGGAGGGCGCCAUGCGCAAAUUGCGCAGCAUGAAGGACCGCUUUUAG